AAAGUCUUGGGAAGUGUGGAUCAAUUUAAUGACUCUGGCCUACUGAUGGCAUAUACACCAGUCAGUAACAUAGAAUGAAGGUUAAUGAAUAAGAUGGCCUUGGCUUCCUUUAUGAAACGAAGAACAGUCAUUGGGACACCAGACGAAGAGACCAUGGAUAUAGUACUUCCAAAGAAGUACCAUGAAAUGGUGGCAGUUGUAUUUAGUGAUACUUCUUCCUAUCAGCUGAAGUUUAAUUGGGGAUAUAGAAUCCCAAUUUUAAAGGAACACUCUGAAUACACAGAACACUGUUGGGCCAUGAAUGGUGAAAAUUUUUGUUACUUGGCAAUGUACUGGCUAAAAGGGUUUGUAGCUUUUCAAGCUGCAAUUAAUGCUGCAAUUACAGAGGUAACUGAAACAGCUAUGUUGGAAACUCGUGGUGUUUUUCAGCCCAGGAAUAUCCUGGUCUGUGGGCAAAUCAGAAAUGUUAAAAAAGAAUAUAAUAGAAAGCCUGGAAAAGUAGAAGCAUUGCAAGGCAUAUUUUUUGACAUAUACAAAGGACAGAUCACUGCAAUACUUGGGCAUAAAGGAACUGGUAAAUCAACACUGCUAAACAUUCUUAAUGGAUUGUCUGUUUCUACAGAAGGAUCAGCCACUAUUUAUAAUACCCAGCUCUCUGAAAUAACUGACAUGGAAGAAAUUAGAAAGAACACUGGAUUUUGUCCACAGUUUAAUUUUCAAUUUGACAUUCUCACUAUGAGAGAAAACCUCAGGGUAUUUGCUAAAAUAAAAGGAAUUCAGCCAAAGGAAGUGGAACAACAGGUUAAAAAAAUUAUAAAGGAAUUAGACCUGCAAAGCAUUCAAGACAUUAUCACUAAAAAAUUAAGUGGUGGGCAGAAGAGAAAACUAACAUUAGAGAUUGCCAUCUUAGGAGAUCCUCAGGUUUUGCUGCUGGACGAACCAAUUUCUGUAUUGGAUCUCUUUUCAAGGCACCGAGUGUGGAGCCUCCUGAAGGAGCAUAAAGUAGACCGAGUUAUCGUCUUCAGUACCCAAUUCAUGGAUGAGGCUGACAUCUUGGCUGAUAGGAAAGUAUUUCUGUCUAACAGGAAGUUGAAAUGUACCAGAUCAUCUUUGUUUCUGAAGCAAAAGUGGGAUAUUGGAUAUCAUUUAAGUUAUUCAGAAGCAAUGUUUCAUGUGUCUUACAGCCUAUUAUAUUUUGACAUUGGGAAACAAGAGAAAAUAUAUGUGACAAGAAAUACUAGAAAUGAGUCUGAAAUGGAACAGGUUCUCUGUUCUCUUCCUGAAAUGAGAAAGGCUGUCAGUGAUGCAGCUCUCUGGAGACAACAAAUCUAUGCAGUAGCAAUACUUCGCUUCUUAAAGUUAAGGUGUGAAAGGAGAGCUCUUUUGUGUUUGUUACUAGUACUUGGAGUAGCUUUUAUCUCCAUCAUUCUGGAGAAGAUAAUAUAUAAAGUAACUCGUGAAACUCAUUGUUGGUGGUUUUCACCCAGUAUGCAUUUCCUUUCUCUGGAACAAAUCCCGAAGACUCCUCUUACAAGCCUAUUAAUCAUUAAUAAUACAGGAUCAAAUAUUGAAGACCUCCUGCAUUCACUGAAGCAUCAGGACAUAGUUUUGGAAAUAGAUGACUUUAGAAACAGAAAUGGCUCAGACGAUCCCUCCUACAAUGGAGCCAUCAUAAUGUCUGGCGACCAGAAGGAUUACAGGUUUUAAGUUGCAUGUAAUACUAAGAAAUUUAAUUGUUUUCCUGUUCUUAUGGGUAUUGUUAGCAAUGCCUUAUUGGAAUUUUUUACUUCACGGAGCUCUUCAAAUGGAGAGCAGCUCAUUUUCUUGUUCUGCCAUUUAAUGCUACUAUUCUAUAAAAUUCACGUGGUAUGCAUAAUUGGUUGUGCAGCCUCUCUGAUAUUCCUCACAUACAUAUUUUCAUUCAUCUUUCGGAAGUGGAAAAAAAGUAAUGGCUUUUGGUCUUUUGGGUUGUUUAUUAUAUUAAUAUGUGUAUCCACAAUUCUGGUAUCAACUCAAUAUGAAAAACACAAUUUAAUUUUGUGCAUAAUUUUAAUGCCUUCCUUCACUUUGCUUGGAUAUGUCACAUUAUUGAUUCAGGUAAGCAAUGUUACCUACUGUGUCCUUCUUAUCAUAAGGUGUCUGGAAAUGAAGCAUGGAAAUGAAAUAAUGAGUAAAGACCCAGUUUUCAGAAUCUCUCCAUGAAGUAGAGAAAUUCAUCCCAAUCCAGAAGAGCCCUAAGAAGAAGAUGAAAAUGUUCAAGCUGAAAGAGUCAAAGCAGCAAAUGCACUCACUACUCCAAACUUGGAGGAGAAACCAGUCAUAACUGCAAGCUAUUUACACCAGGAAUAUUGUGAAACAAAGAAAAGUUGCUUUUCAGCAAGAAAGAAGAAAAUAGCCAUCAGAAAUGUUUCCUUUUGUGUUAAAAAAGGUGAAAUUUUAGGAUAACUAGGCCACAAUGGAGCUGGUAAAAGUAGUUCCAUUAAAGUGAUCACUGGGUACACUGCAGGAGUGGUAUGUGGUGUUACAGGGAGCAGAGCAUCAGUAAUGCAACAGUAUGACAACAGCCUCAAGUUCUUGGGGUACUGCCCUCAGGAGAACUCACUGUGGCCUGAGCUUACAAUGAAAGAGCACCUGGAGUUGUAUGCAGCUGCGAAAGGACUGGGUAAAAAGGAUGCUACUCUUAGUAUUUCAUGAUUGAUGGAAGCUCUCAAUCUCCAGGAGCAACUUAAGGCUCCUGUGAAAACUCUAUCAGAGGAAAUAAAGAGAAAGUUAUAGGCCAGGCUCGGGCUGUGCUUCAUGCUGAGCAUCCUGAGGAACCCAUCAGUGGUACUUCUAGAUGAGCCAUUCACCGGGAUGGACCCCAAGGGGCAGCAGCAAAUGUGGCAGACACUUUGGGCUACUGUUAAAACCAAGGAGUGGGGUGCCCUCUUGACCACCCAUUACAUGUCAGAGGCUAAGGCUGUGUGUCACCAUGUAGCCAUGAUGGUGUCAGGAACGCUAAGGUGUAUUUGUUGCAUUCAACAUCUGAAAAACAAGUUUGGUAAAGAUUAUUUGCUAGAAAUUAAAAUGAAAGAACCUACUCAGGUGGAACCUCUUCACACAGAGAUUUUGUAUUUUCCCACAGGCUGCUGGGAGGAAAGAUAUUCCUCCUCAAUGGCAUAUAAGUUACCUGCGGAGCGUGUCCACCCUCUAUCUUGGGACUUUUUCAAAUUAGAUGCAGUGAAACAGACCUUCAACCUGGAGGAAUACAGCUUUUCUCAGGCUACUUUGGAGCAGGUAUUCUUAGAACUCUGUAAAGAGCAGGAGCUGGGAAAUGUUGAUGACAAAAUUGAUACAACAGUUCGAUGGAAACUUCUCCCACAGGAAGACCCUUAAAAUGAAGAACGUCCCAACAUUCCAUUUUAGGUCGUACUACAUUGUUAGCUUCCAUAAUUCUACAAGAAUGCCUUCUUUUACUUCAGUUAACAAAAGAAAACAUUCAAUAGUGUAAACAUUCAAUAAUGAUUAAAGUUUUCAUUUUUUAAAAUUUUAGGAUGAAGAAAACAAGGAAAUAUAGGAAAAAGUAGCAUACAAAAUUAGCAAAAUCAGACGUGUUAUUCAUCCCCAACAUAUGUCUAAUUUGUGCUUAAAAAUAAUUUAAAAAUCAUAUAAUAUUAGGUUAGAUUUUGGUUAUUAUCAAUAAAAUUAACACUGAGCACAUUUUACAAAUAAAAAUAUGAGUUUUUUAGCCUAAACUUCAAAUGUAUCAGCUAUUUUUAAACACUAUUUACUCAGAUUCUAAUUUAAUGUGACAUUCACUGUAAGAAGCUCUGAUAAACUGUUGAAAUGGCAUAGCAGAACAUUUAAUUAUGACAUAUUCUGAUUAUCAAAUAAACACAUGAAUUUUAGUACAUAUUAAAAUUAUAUGGAAGAAGAUAACCAUAAUCUGUAAGAAAGUAUCACAGUUAAUAUUUUAUUCAGCCAACUUUUAUAUGCAAUGUAUUUUUUAUGAGUCCUUUUUCAAAGGUAAUAUCAGUAGGCAUAGUAAUUUUUUAUAUCUUUUCACUUUACAGUUCACAAACAUUUUCCAUGUUAUUAUAACCCUUUUGUGUUAUAUAAUUGCUGCAUUGAUAUAAUAGCUGUAUUGAUGAAUACCAGAGUUGUUACAUUUGAGUUAUAUGCAAAUUUAUUUCUUAGAAAUAAAACUUUGGGGACUCCAUGUUUGGAUCCCCUUCCACGAA